AUGCUAUUUAAGUUUUAGGUAGUUUGAUUCUACUCUGUUUUAUUAGUUGGAGAUUAACACUUGUUUUGUUUUGUCUAACUCCUCCUUCUACGAUUAUGGCAAUCGAUUUUGUUAAAAAUCCAAGCAAUUGAGAAAGGAAUAUUAAUAAUCAAUUGCUUAAGCUACACAACUUGAUUCAGAAGUCUUGAGUAAUAUGAGAAUUGUAAGGUCUUUUCAACAGAGGAAAGAGAGAGUAAUUCAUCUCAAAAGGCCAAUUAAAAUAUUGUUAAUUUUGGCAAUAAAUGGCACUAUUAGGAAGUUAAUUUAUGGCUAUUGGAAUUGUAUUAAAUUUAAAUUUGAUAGCAUGUAAAAUAUGAGUAAAAUUAAUUUGGUUAUGGCAAAAUCAUCUAAAUUGUAAUUUAAUGCUUAAUGA